AUGCAGCACUACGGGGUAAAUGGCUACUCGCUCCACGCCAUGAACUCGCUCAGCGCCAUGUACAACCUGCACCAGCAGGCGGCCCAGCAGGCCCAGCACGCCCCUGACUACCGGCCGUCUGUGCAUGCACUUACGCUGGCUGAGCGCCUGGCCGGCUGUACAUUUCAAGACAUCAUCUUGGAGGCCCGUUAUGGCUCUCAGCACCGCAAACAGCGUCGCAGCCGUACAGCGUUCACUGCUCAGCAGCUCGAGGCCUUAGAAAAGACCUUCCAGAAGACUCACUACCCGGAUGUGGUGAUGCGUGAGAGGCUGGCCAUGUGCACCAAUCUGCCUGAGGCUCGGGUGCAGGUGUGGUUCAAGAACCGUAGGGCCAAGUUCCGGAAGAAGCAACGCAGCCUGCAGAAAGAGCAGCUCCAGAAGCAGAAGGAGGCUGAGGGCUCCCAUGGGGAAGGCAAGACCGAGGCCCCAACCCCAGACAGCCAGCUGGAGACUGACCAGCCUCCCAGCCUGCCCAGCGGUGACCCCCCUGCUGAGAUGCACCUGAGCCUGUCUGAGCAGUCAGCCAGUGAGUCAGCCCCUGAGGACCAGCCUGACCGGGAGGAGGACUCCCGGGCAGGGGCCGAGGAACCCAAAACUGAGAAGAGCCCUGGGGCUGAGAGCAAGGGGCUGGGCUGCAAGAGGGGCAGCCCCAAGGCAGAUUCUCCAGGCAGCCUAGCCCUUGCUCCUGCAGCCUCUGGGAGCAGCCUCCUGGGCCCCUCCCACUCCUACUCGUCAUCCCCGCUGAGCCUCUUCCGUCUGCAGGAGCAGUUCCGCCAGCACAUGGCAGCCACUAACAACCUGGUGCACUACUCAUCCUUUGAAGUGGGGGGUCCAGCCCCUGCUGCUGCUGUGCCCUACCUGGGUGUCAACAUGGCCCCGCUGGGCUCACUGCAUUGCCAGUCCUACUACCAAUCCUUGUCAGCAGCCGCAGCUGCCCACCAGGGCGUGUGGGGGUCCCCACUGCUGCCUGCACCCCCCGCAGGCCUGGCACCUGCCUCAGCUACCCUGAACAGUAAAACCACAAGCAUCGAGAACCUGCGGCUUCGGGCCAAGCAGCAUGCGGCCUCCCUGGGACUCGAUACUCUGCCCAACUGA